AUGUUCUUCCGCACUGCCGCUCUCGCUGCCUUCGCCCUGGUCUGCAUUGCUCAGACUGGACGAUGCGACGACUCUAGCACCGAUUCAGGCUUCUGGAAGCCGACUGGUGCCCCCUCAACCACCGGUCUAAAGGUCGACAGUAACCAGGUAAUGGCGUACUGCUUCUCGAACAAGCCGACGGAGAAGGUCCCCUUUGCCUGUUUUACGCUCAAGGGAGAUAUUCGCCAGCGCAUGCGCAGUCCCCAGAAUCUCAAGGGCUACAUUUCCCCCGGUGGCGAGACCUUUGUGGUAUUGGCCCAGGUCGGUGGACAGUCGUUCACCACCGAGGUCGAAAGAGUCACCCUCACGGAUCGCGAUGAUCAAUCCAACUGCCUCCAUGUCAAGCUCGAUGGACUGCCUCAAGGUGCCGCCGAGGAUGAGAUGGGCCAAACCUUCUUUCCCAGUUACGAUCGCGACGCCUGCCCCGGCAAGCCUGCCAUUCACCUUCAAGACGCCCCCUGA